AUGACUACAGAUAGGGCGCAGACAAGAUCAGAAGGAAAUAUUGCGGCAGAAGUGGACAAAGUUGGCAGUUCGGGGCCAUUGGGCACCGAUUUGGGUCAGGAGCAGACAGAACGCCAACGACCACCUAACAGUGAUGGAACACGUAGUUUUAUAAAGGAUGUGAGUGGAUUGACACGCAACUUGGUGCACGGAGAUGAAAAGUGCUGGGAGACGGUUUCGGGGUCGCUUUUGAGCAUAUUAACGUUUUACUUGAGCCAUACAGUGUUGCUUGGGAUCUUCUUUUGUAUCUCGAUAUACAAGAACAUCGAAUACAUAUACAGAAGAAUAUAUUUGAAGUUUUUGACACUCGCAUACUACCCCAAUAAGACGCCGCAGUUAAUUCGGGACGAUGUGAACAAGUUAACCAAGUUACCAAAGCGGGUGUCGUGUAUUUUGGACUUGAAGGAUGACGACGAUGAAAACGGAGGAGUGGAAGGGCUCAUCAACGACAUCAGUGAGCUUACAGCGUGGUCUAUUCUGGCGGGUAUUCCUGUUUUAUCCGUCUACGAAUACACGGGGAUAGUUCAGCACCACUUGCCUGAAUUGUGUCGUUAUAUCAUUAAGAAUUUAUCAGUGUAUUUUGGAACCGAGUCCGUUCCGGUGUUUUCGAUUAGGAUCCCCCAUUCGAAUACCGUGAUUUACAGUAACAACCUCCAACAAUCUCCCUCAUUUGAAAUACCUGCAUCGAUCGAUUUGGAAAUCUCGUUGUUAUCAAAAAUCGAUGGCAAACCUACAAUUAUCGAAUUGACCAAAAGUAUGUGCGAAUUGGCUGUCAACAAGGAGUUGUCAAUAAAGGAUAUCACCAUCGACUUGAUUGACGAAGAGUUGAUUGAAUUAGUAGGCGUCGAACCCGACUUGUUAAUCUGCUUCGGCCCUUCGUUGGACUUGCAGGACUAUCCUCCAUGGCACAUCCGAUUAUCGGAAAUCUUCUGGGAGGUCGAUAAUCAAGAUGUUAACUACUCAAUAUUUAUUAGGGCUUUGCAGAAGUAUUCGAAUUGCAAGGUCAAUGUCGGAAAAUGA